AUGUUGACACCACGUGAAGGCCGGAACUUGAAGGCGCGUUUAUGGGACAGUGUGAAGCACAAUUGGAGUCUCGGAUUCACCUCUUUCGGCGGUCCCCCUGUUCAUUUCAAGAUUUUCCAUACUCUCUACGUCGAAAAGCUGCAAUGGAUCGACGAGCAAAUCUAUCAAGAGCUCUUCAGCGUCUCCCAGGCGCUCUCCGGCCCGGCCAGCACCAAGAUGCACUACUGCAUCAACCUGCUGCACGACGGCCUCCUCCCGGCCGUGCUGUGCUUUUUCCUAUGGAGCCUCCCGGGCGCGCUCGGCAUGUUUGGCCUCGCGCUCGGCGUGGGCCGCAUCGGCGCGUCGCUGCCAGCGCCGGUCUACGCGCUCCUGUCCGGGCUCAACGCCGCGACGGUCGGCAUCAUCCUCCUCGCCGCCGUGCAGCUCUCGGAGAAGAUCAUCACGGACAAGAUGACGCGGCUCCUGGUCUUUGCCGGCGCCGCCGCCGGCCUGCUGUACAACGCGCUGUGGUACUUUCCGCUCCUCAUUCUGGCGGGCGGCAUCGUGGCCGUCGUGCACGAUUUUCGCUGGCUGCACAAGUCGUUUGCGGCCGCCGUCCGCGUCAUCAAGCGAACCGGGCGGCGCGCCCCGGGGGACCAGAGCGAGAGCAGGCACGUCGAGAUGGACGGCUUCGGCGGCGGCGGCGCCCGCCCGAGUGACGUUGCGGCGAACCACGACGUGGUCAGCGACGAGAUGGCCGGCGCGCGAGCGCUGCCUCUGCAGACGCAAGAGGGCAGCGAUGAAGACGCCCGCGUUGUCCCUGCCAGCCACCAGCUCACCAUGUCGUGGAAGGUCGGCCUGGGCAUCAUCGGCCUCUUCCUCGUGUCCUUUGUCGUGGUCAUGGUGCUCCGGGGCACGGCCAACGCGGCGCGCGCCUCGCUCGCCUUCCGCUUCUUCGCCAACAUGUACCUCGCCGGCACCAUCAUCUUUGGCGGCGGGCCCGUCGUCAUCCCGCUGCUGCGCGAGUACGUCGUCGCCGAGGGCUGGGUGCUGCCGCGCGACUUCCUCAUCGGCCUGGCCAUCCAGCAGAGCUUUCCCGGCCCCAACUUCAACUUUGCCGUGUACCUCGGCGCCCUGGUCGCGCGGAACAAUGGCUUCUCCCCGGUGCUCGGCGCCGUGCUCGGGUUCGUCGGCAUCUUUGCGCCGGGGCUCGUCAUGGUGCACGGGACAAUGGGUGUUUGGGGCGCCGUGCGUGGCUCGCCGGGCGUCAAGUCCUUCCUGAAGGGACUCAAUGCGGUUGCCGUGGGCAUGAUCUACACGGCCGUCUACAGGAUCUGGCAGAUUGGCUACAUCGCCGAGGGGUUUCAGCAAGGGACAAGCAUGGCGGUCGAGCCGUGGUGGGUGGUGGUGACGGCGACGUCGUACGUUGGGGGCUACUGGUUUGGUCUGAACCCGCCUACGACGAUCCUACUCGGCUGCGUAAUGGGACUGAUUUGGUACGGAAUUGUCUCCAAAUAG